AUGUCCGAGGUAUGUAAUUAUAGCCGUCGGCACUUUCUCCCUCUUUCUCUCUCCCUCCCUUCACUUUUGAAAAAGACAGCUUAGAGAGUAGAGAGCUUCGAUCUUUUCGACAAAAUAUUUGCAAGUUCACCAGGUCUUUUUGAACCUUCUUCUUUUUGCAGGAUCGGGUUGUGGACGACGACAAACUGCAAAUGUCGGAUAACGAUCCGUUGAACAUCGAGAAAGCCAACGGGAACGGAGGAGUAUGCGAGGAAGAGCCGGAAAGGCCCAUAUCCGGUAAGCCAAUUACAUUCUCUUUUCCUCUUUACUCCUGCUGACUCACUUUUGGAAAAAUCUCAUUUGACAUUCCUUCCGUUCUAAAUAUAGCCAUUCAAUACGUAAUGUUCCUUGAAUCCUCGACCUUUCCCGGUUGGUAACUUGAUCUCUUUUGGAUGACAUAAACAAACGUGAACGUCAAACUACAAGAAACGUUUCAGCUCUUGACAACCGUCAGGAAAAACUGAACUGUCUUCAUGGGUUCCUCAGUCUUCGCCGUUUGUUUUAUCUGGUCGGUUACUCAGUCGGACAUUAUCCAUACGCUUACCUUGUCGUCGCGGUACGCUACAGUAUCCUGAUACACUAUAAAAGAUGUUCUUCCAGCUUUUGAUCUCGAUCAACUCUCUAGGAAUGUAUAAAAUUGUACUCAAAGAUCGCAUUCGGGACGGGUACACGCCAACGAACGCACCUUCUAGAUACGAAACUGAUGUUCUUCGGUGGGAAUUCCUUUUUGAACAUCCACAGAUUUACAGUAGCUAUUUGUAGGGAGUUCUACAAUAUUUCCGGUGAUCCUGCUAUGACCAUUAUGAUACUCAUGCCUAAAAAUGGAACAUCCAUGCAUGCAAAAGAGAAUCUUGACGAAGCGGAAAAGCUCUCCAAGUACGUCUUCCGUUCUUUAUCUUCAUCCGACCGGAAGUUUUAACCGAUCAUCUUUAUCAGAUUCUUCUUCAAUGAUUUCAACGCUACACGCGACGGCAAAGUGCUCCGAUUUGCCCAACUUUGCGAACCGUACUGUCAGAUCAACAUGGUUUUCGAGCUUUAUAAGGUCCGUUGAGCAUAUUCACAUGAAUACGUGAUGAGAGGGGUUUUAUUUUGCAGAACGCGUUUGAUGACCAGUACAAGUUGUUUUCCACCGAGAAACGCGUUUUAACAAGCACCAACUUGUCGUAUCCGCUUGCCACCAUGAACGGAUUUGACAUUCAUUUGGAGCGCAGUUUCUUUGGGGUCGAGUUUAAUAAAAAGUCGGAGAGCGAAAAUACGACGGAAAUAGCUGAAGAUCUGGCUCCACAUCAAAUCAUCACAAAUAUGAAACAUGUUGAGGUAGGGAGAAAUUCAAGUUAACGGGCGAAAACUGGAUGUUCAGGUGAUUGUGUUUAUUUUCCGUGGUGAUCGAGAUUCUGUGGAGAAGGAAAAAGAUCUGAGCAAGUGGGAAUUGGAUGCCUAUGACUGGAGUCUCAACGAGUACAAAAGUGACAUUGUGGAAGUGCAGAUUGUGGGAACAGAUGUGCUGGACAACGAAAUGAUGAAGGAUGGCCGGAGACUCAUGCCUUUCUUUGCUGCAGGUUCGGUAACAUGUAUUGGUGAAAACUGAGAUUUUUAUUUUCAGGAUUUGGUUUUGAGAUCACGUUUGUGAGCGUAUGCGUGAUAAUCACAGCAAUCUAUCACAAUUGUCUGGACAGAGGAAAACUGUGGGCAACUUUCUCAUCCUCCUUCUUUGUUCAUCUUGGUGUUUUCAGAUUGAUCAGUCUGGGCGCAGUGCUAUGUCCUAUUUUGGCAAUCACCUCCACGUAUGGAAUUGUAUCGCUGCUCGGAAUGCGCACGAACUCGUUCAUGUUGGUCAUGCCGUUUUUAGUAAUGGGCAUCGGUAAGUAAUGGUCGCGUUGUACUCAUAGCACAUAAUUGGAUUUAUAGGAGUUGACUCGUGCUUCCUGAUGAUCCAUAGUUGGCAAAAAGAGCGACGAGCCCAAGCGAGCGGCACGGGAAAUCGGCUUGGAAUGGUUUAUGAGUCCGUGGGCCCAUCAAUCACAAUUACCUCGCUCACCGACUUCCUCUCGUUCGCCAUCGGAGCACUCGCCCCGACGCCAGGUUAGACAGAAUUUGUGACGUCAAAACAGCAAGGGGGUUAUUUCUAGAAACUCGUCUUUUCUGCAUCGCGUCGUCGAUUGCUCUCGCUCUCACAUUCAUCCUUCAACUCGUGCUCUUCGGUCCUAUCUUGGCAAUCGCGACGAAAUAUGAGCACAAAACUACAUCUACUAAUAAUAGCCAGUGGAGAAAAUGGGUAUUGAGAUCAUAAUUAAACUGGGGGAUGAUGAACAUUAAACGAGUUUUCAGCUGAAAGCCUGCUGGAAAAAGUGCAUCAAUGUGUAUUGUAAAAUUCUCUCAAAUAAGUUGUUUGCUCUUUUGGUCAUGUUCGGAACUGGAUGGUAUUGGUACUGCUCGAUCUAUGGACUGAUGACCAUGAAGACGAGACUCGAUGCCGUCAAGAUUCUGCCAAAGGACUCUCCGCUUCAACGCCCUAACCUGGUUCUGACUAACUUGGUGUGGGCCAACUACCAUCCGGUCACAAUCAUUGUGAACUCGCCCAUUGAUCUUGAAAACAGGGCCCAGAUGAACCGAUUCUGGAAUAUGGUGGAUCAGUUCGAGAAGAUGCACAACUGCAAGGGCAGCGAGUCGACUCUUCUUUGGCUGCGCGACUACAUCAAAUACUUCUACCACGGAGAGCCAUUUGACCUGUUCGCGUUCUUUGGAUUGUCAACCCCUGAAGUCUAUCCGGAGAUUGACCCAUUCACAGCUAAUAUUACAACUCAGAAACUGCCAGAAUUUCUGAAAUCACCAUUUUUCAAGCACUGGGACAGCUUCAUUCACUACCAUUACGACCAGUACGUAACUUCAACUUUGAUUUCUGUAUUUAAACCCUCACUUUUCCAGGGGUGUCAUCAAACUAGAUCGCUUCAUGAUGAAUGUGGCGUAUGACAACACAUCCUCUUGGGACACUCGUAUUCAGUUGAUGACAGAUUGGAGAAAAGUUGCGCAUAAGUGAGCAAAAUCAACGCUAUCUCGAAUUUCAAUCUGAAUUUAGCUUCUCUGAUUUGAACAUCACCGUCUGGGAGCCCAAUGGAAUGUUUGUCGAUCAGAUGUUGAGUCUUGGCAAGACCGCUACGCAGGUAAUAAGAGUUUGAAAGAUCUUUGAGGAGUAAGGAAAGAUGUUUCAGACGGCAGUGUGGACUUUGGUGUGCAUGGCGGUUGUGUGUGCAAUCUUCAUUCCCAACCCGUGCAGCAUCAUCACUGCGACAUUCUCUAUCGCAUCAAUCACAACAGGUUUGUGCACAGCCAAAUGUUACCUAAAUAAUACGUUGAUUAGUUCAUGCCCUUAACAAUGCAAUCAUUAUAGGCGUCAUGGGAUUCCUCUCCCUUUGGUCCUUCGACCUGGACCCAGUUGUCAUGGCGGCUGUUUUGAUGUCAAUCGGACUGUCUGUUGACUUUAUUGCUCACGUCGCGUACCAUUUCCAGGUUAGAAUCGUUUGGCAAACAUCUCCGUUGAUCCUCUGGCCAAACUUGUCUGUUUUCUUUUCCUUUACUGUAUCUUUGCAGUUGGCACACCGGAAAGAGAUUCGCAACGGAAGAAUAAAGAAAAUCCCGUUGAAAGGCUCGACGGAACGGUUGGAGCACACGCUGGGAGCAGUGGCGUGGCCCAUGAUCCAGGCGGGAGUGUCCACGAUUUGCUGCAUUCUGCCGUUGCUCUUCCGCGCGGUAAGUUAAUCCCAGGAAGUGUUUGAUCAGGUGACACACACAGUGUCUUCUAAGACUUCAUUUCUAAUUGACGCAACCCCAUCUGACGUAACUUCCGGAGUAAACACCGAAGAAAGUCUUUUUCGGUCCGUUUCCCAUCUUGAGACCUUUCGCACCCUUUUGUUUAACCAAUCCUGCGCAACAAAGCCACUUGAGAGACAGAGUGUUCACAAGUUUCCUCCAACAUUUCACACAUUCAAUUUCCUUUCUGCAGAGCUACUCACCAUCUGUUUUCGUGGCCGCAAUCUUCCUCGUCGUCACAUUUGGAAUGUUGCAUGGCCUCUUGGUAAGAGAGCAGUUCUUUGUGUCCGCCCUCGUGGCCCGGGCGCAAAUUUAAUUAAAACCCCCCGAACAUUCAUGUUCUUCAGAUUCUGCCCACUUUCCUGGCGGCUCUUCCGGAAAGUGUGACCACAGCCAAUUGCUACCGCGUGUUCCUUUCGAGCUCAUCCGAGCGAAGUUGCCGUUACGUGCCCCGCCGGGACAGCACCAACAGCAUCGAGCUUCAGAAGAUCGAGAGAAAAGACUCACUUCUAUCCUAA